AUGUAUCAUUGGUCAGGCCAGAGAGGUUGGAAUUUUUCAAAUGCAUAUGAACAUGCUAUGGUGAAACAGUAUGAAGAACGUAAAUCUGAUUUUGUUAAAUAUAAAAAGCAAUGUAUUGAAGAUGGAAAAAAUGGUGAAUUAACUGAUGAUUUUGUAACCAAUGUUCGAUUAAAAAUGUUAAAAACAACUGAUUAUGGUCUUAUUUGUUGUUGUCCCACUCCACGUAUCGGUGUCUUUCUAAAAUCAAAAACAACAAAACCAAGUUUACAUCAUUUCUAUAGUUUUCUAUCAAAAAUGUAUGAACAAGCCGAAAGUCAAUUGAAAUGUUGGAAUAACCAGUAUGAGCAAUUUGGUUGUCAUUUAUGGUUAUUUGUCAGUGGUCAGAAACAAUCAGCAAAAGUUACUGAACAGAUCUAUCGUACUGAUUUGGAUAAUGAUAACCAACAACAACAAAACUUCUCUGCAAUAUUUCAUUCUCCAUCAUCGACAUCGAUCAUUCUUGAUCAUCAGAAACAAUGGACAUGUCCACUACUUGACAGUGGCCAAGCAAGUUUGCAUCCGACAUUAGAAAAAAGUACGAAAAAUAGCAAUAGUAUUAGUACGAUUGAUUCGAAUAAUUAUCAUGAUGUUAGUUUGAGAAAGACGGUUGCCGCACUUAGUUCGAGAAAAACGAUGAACAAUAAUAAUAAUAAUACUGAUUUAAUAAAUACGUCAACAUAUUUGCCGUAUGAUUCGAUCGAUUAUCAGUUAGAUAAAGCGCUCGUUGAUACUAAUAAGGGAGAGUAUAUAGCAUUUGAAUCGAUGAGAAAUAAUUUACCGAAUAAAUAA